AUGGCUGACCGUGGCAUGUGGAGGCCUCCACGAACAUGUGAGGAUUAUUGGUCUGAAUGGAAACACAGUAAGGGCAUCCGUAAUUUAUUCCAUAACUAUUAUACGUAUGGGGAAGCACCCUCCUGUGAACAGUGGAAAAUAGACUAUGGCAAUUGCAGAAAGUGGGGGAAAAAAGCAGUGGAACCUGCACCAAUUCAGCAUGUAGAUGUCUAG